AUGCUAGGGGUUGCGCUGCGGACGAUGCUAAAGGAGAAACAGAAAGAGAGGGAAUACGGCAAGAGAAGGUCUAUCCAACGAUUAGGUGGUAAACUCAAUCGUAUCUUGGUUCAAGCUUGGAAACUGGGAAAGAUUGUUCCUUCAAGAGAAAUGUCGUACACUUCAGACCCUGCAAGCUUUCCUGAGCCUGUUGAUCUGUCCCACCACCUGUCGCGCAGCACAAAGGCCCGUGAAGCUUCGCAGAUCAAGCGCUUCUACAAGUACUUCGGGAUUCCCGGCAUCUCCCAACUAGCUGGAGGCCUCCCCAACGACAAGUACUUUCCUUAUGAUACCCUCGAAGCUAAGGUUGCCCACCCCAAUCGCUGGGAGCCCACGCCCAACAAGCCAAUCGAUCCUCCACCCAACGACCCUCCAACCGCAGAGCUAGCUUCCGCGUCCAUCGCCACUCGCAAAGAUGAUCCGCCCUCAGCACGCCUCGUUGUUCCCCACGAUUCUGGCGUUCAAGAUCCGACUCGCAUAAUUGAUCUGAAGUCGGCAUUGCAAUAUGGCACAGCACAGGGCUAUCCGUCGCUCUAUACGUUCAUCCGCCAAUUCACACGCGACAACCUGCACCCGUUUGUACCAUACAAAGGCGGACCAGACGUCAUCUUGACCAACGGUUCGACUGACGGCUUCUCCAAGACUAUCCAGGCCUUCUCCAAUGAAUGGGCUGAGGGUUACAACCCCGUCGAAGAGCGACCGGGACUAUUGGUCGAGGAAUACUGCUACAUGAAUGCUAUCCAGACGGCGAAACCGAAGGGCUUCAACAUUGCGCCUGUGGCUAUUGAUGAUGAGGGUAUGAUCGCGAAGGGCCCAGGGGGUCUCGAAGAUGUUCUAGACAACUGGGACUUCUCCAGGGGACGUCGUCCGCAUCUUAUGUACACUGUAACCAUCGGCCAGAACCCCACAAGCGGCACCCUUAGCGUAGCGAGGCGGACAGAGAUCUAUGCGCUCUGCGUCAAGUACGACAUCUUGAUCGUUGAGGAUGACCCAUAUUGGUAUCUUCAAUUCCCUUCAUCUUCACCAGGGGCUACCGCAACUCCCAAGCCGAAGAAGUCGUCCGGUUUCGAGUUUCUCGAUUCACUCAUUCCUUCCUACUUGUCGCUCGAUUACCAGGGCCGCGUCAUUCGUCUAGAUACUUUCUCCAAAACUGUCGCUCCAGGAUGCCGUCUCGGAUGGAUCACGGCGCAACCCGCCCUCGUCGAGCGCAUCCUCCGCGUCACCGAAACCAGCACCCAACAACCCUCCGGAUUUGUCCAGUCGAUGAUCGCAGAGCUCCUUAUGGGUCCUCAGAGCUCCACUGACCCGGGCCGAGGCGGAGCUAAGGAUGGCAGCGGCUGGAAGGUCGAUGGCUGGGUGCGCUGGCUCGAGGGUCUCCGCGGCAACUACGAGCGCAGGAUGAACGCCAUGUGCGACGUCCUCGAUGCGAACAAACACGCCGUCAAAGCUGGUCGCCGAAAAUCGCUGACCGAGGUCGCCGAUGACGAAGACGAGUGGGCUGUCGUGGAGAAGACCAAGAUCUACGACUUUGUGCGCCCUCUCGGUGGUAUGUUCGUCUGGGUGCGCUUCGACUUCUCCUCGCAUCCGCUUGCAAAGCAGGUACCCGCUCAACGCCUCUCGCAAGCGCUCUGGGUCUUCUGGACGACUAAGCCGUAUCUUGUCCUUGUGGCGCCUGGCACGAUGUUUGCGCCCACCACGGACAUUAGGGAUGGCGAUGCGUUCAACUGCGCCCGAUUGUGCUUCGCGGCGUGUCCUGUGGAUGAAGUCAAGAGCAUCACGAAGCGCUUCAGCGAUGGUGCGCAGGCUUUCUGGCGCAUCAAGAGCGUGGAGAAGAUCAACGAACUGCUGGACGAUGAUGAGGCAGAGCAUGGCCAGGUGGAUGCGGGUCUUGCGCUGCUGAACGGCAUGUGUUAA